UCGCGCUUCGAGCUCACCUAACUGACGUGCUCCUCCACCAAUGGGAGGCCAGAUCUAAAAGUAAUCAGUCCUGCCUUCGCUGAGAAUGCCAGAGAUACUCGGUAAUGGCGACAGGUUUGCCUGCCCAGCUGACAUGUCAUAAUAUGGUGUGGGAAGUGAAAACUCAGUCGGUCCCUCAGAGAGUCCAGGAAGUUCAGACACAGAGCUCAGGUAUGGACGAGGCCUUCGACCUGCUUAAAUGCAAUGAGCGCCUGCCCUCCUCACCUGGGUGCCCUUCUAACGAGAGCCACAUGGAAUACGAUGACCUACCUGAGCUGCAGGAGGUACAGGAUUACCAGUCGACCCCGGGGGUGUUCCAAGUGGCCCCGGGCGUGUCGCAUCACGAGGAGGGGCCCGUCGAGGCUUGGAGCUCCAGGCCUGAAGGCAGCGUUUCACACACAAACUGGCUGACCGAGCUGGCUAACAUUGCCACCAGCCCUCAAAGCCCCCUGCUUCAGAACGCCCCACACAACCGGUCUUCUCCUGUCCACAUCUUCUCCAAUAGUAGCAGUUUACAUUCCUACGCUAGACCCCCUCUGUCUUCCAGCAGCGCCCCCAGUCCUGCCCGCAGCCACAUGAGAGAACGCCGCCGCACCAGGGCCAGCAGUGAGUCAGAGUCGGGCAUUUUCUGCAUGUCGUCUCUGUCCGAUGAUGAUGACCUGGGAUGGUCCCAUUCCUGGCCCUCCACUGCCUGGCAUUGCUUCCUGAAAGGAACACGUCUACGCUUCCACAAAGGUCUGAACGUGGAGUGGCAGGAUGCAGAGGACGUGAUGGAGUCAGAUGUAGAUUCAGAUGAUGAGGGAGGAACACAGUCCAACCCAAUGAAGAGUUAUGGCUCUGAUGGUCUAAAGCUGGUGGUCUUUGAGGAGAGUGUGUCUUUCGGCCAGUCUGUCCUGAAAUUAACCUUUGACCCUGGUUCCUCUGAAGCAGGGCUUUUGACAGCUGAAUGCAGUUUGGACCAUCCGUUUUUUGUGAAAAAUAAAGGGUGGUCUUCUUUCUAUCCAAGCCUUACUGUCGUACAGCACGGCAUUCCCUGCUAUGACAUGGAGGUUGGAGACUUGUGUCUGCCGCCAGGACACCGCGACGCCAUCAACUGUGAUGACUCGGUCGUUUUUGACACUUUUAGGAGUUACGACUUCACCCCUCUCGACUCGUCCGCCGUGUACGUUCUGAGCAGUAUGGCACGCCAGCGUCGCGCAUCCCAGUCCAGCGGGGGCGCUGUGAGUCCCGACUGCGACAAACUCGAGGCCCUCAGCUCCUCCCACCACUCCCCCAGCAGCAAAUCACAGCGCAGCCACGCCUCAGGAAGCUCUGGAGCCACACCCACAAAGUGCAAGCGGCCAAUGAACGCCUUCAUGCUUUUUGCCAAGAAGUACAGGGUGGAAUAUACACAGAUGUACCCCGGCAAAGACAACAGAGCCAUCAGCGUGAUUCUGGGCGAUAAAUGGAAGAAGAUGAAGAACGAGGAGAGGAGGAUGUACACCAUGGAAGCCAAAGCUCUGGCCGAGGAGCAGAAACGUCUCAACCCUGACUGCUGGAAACGCAAGAGAACAAACUCGGGCUCUCAGCAAAACUAGCCUGAGGACUGUCAGAAAAGCAUGAACUGGACAGAAGGAGACAGACACCGACACAAAUUCUCUUGAAAGAAUGAUAAACCGCAACUGUGAUGCUACACGCACUUGCUUUAGGAAAAAAAACAAAACAAAAACAAAAAAAAAAAAAAAGUUAUUACAACGAAACAUCUUCACAAGAAGAAUUGCAAAAGAAAAAUUGCAUUUAAAAAAUAUAUGAACGAAAGGCAAAUCAACGAUAUAAUUAUAUGUGAUAUAAAAUGUAAUCUAGUCAACUAACAGUGCUUAUGUAUUUUUCUUAUCCUUUCAAAAACGACAAAAAUGCCUUACUCUUCCAAAGCAAGACAACGCUCAGUUCUUCUAUCAGGUAAUUUUGUAUUUCUAGGCUUGAAAGGUGCAACCCUGUGGUGCUAUUUUACUGAGGCCGAAGGAGCGAUAUAUACAAAUAAUGUCUAUUUUUAAAUGUAAAAAGGGGAAAUUUAGAUGUUAGCUCGUUUUUUCAGCUGUUCAUAUUAAUUGUAUUUGUAUAACUCAACUUAUUGCACAAACUCAAACGUAUUGCAAAUCGACGAAUGAUGUUGAGUCGCUUAUUCGUUGACGUGCUGGAAAGGGGUUGAAUUUCAUAUGACGUCAGUCCAGCCUAGGCCAUAUUCAGUGUGUGUGUUUGCAUAACCUGUGUGUGUGUGUGUGUAUAUGAUAGUCUAUCCAUACAGCCAUAUUGUAUAUGGAUAGAGUCCCACACACAAGCGCACGAGUACAGCGACAUGCAUGCUGUCACAUACAGCACUUCAGGGCCAUGCCUUCACUGUAAGUGUUCUUGUUUUUGCACUUUAUAUUCAUAUAUAUAUAUAUAACCUUAUACAACCAAUAAAUGUAUACAAGCUGAAAUGUUGUGUAAAAAAUAUAUAUAUCUUGAUAAGAUGUAUCCUUUGACACAAUCAUGGCCAAAUGGAGCAACUGAGUGUUGUGUUUGAGUGUUUGCCAUUGGAUUGCAUUACGAAUACAUUUUGUUAAUAUUGUACAGGUCCAUGUUCCCAUCCAUUUCUUGCACAAACUAUUCUUGUAUCAUAUUAUAAAUAAAAAUUUAAACUCGC